AUGGGCGGACUUUUAUCAGCAAGAAUAAGCCAUAAAAUUGAAUCUGUUCUAGAAUUACCUCUUAAACGAUUCUAUUGGACAGACUCGUCAAUAGCAUGUUACUGGAUCAAAGGAGACCCGAAUAGACACAAAGUGUUCGUGAAGAAUGGAGUACAAGAGAUACAAAAACUGAGCAAACCCGACCAGUGGCAUCACUGUAUAGGAAAAGACAAUCCUGCUGAUCUGAUAAGUCGAGGAGCAUCCUUGAAUGAUCUUAAGAUCAACGAAUUACGGUGGCAUGGCCCCACCUGGUUAACAUUGAAUGAAACAGAAUGGCCAGUAUCGUUAGAACCAGUAAUACAAACUGAUAAGAACAUCGAUGAAUUGGAAAUCAAGAAAUCAGUUACUGUAAAUGCAACAGUUGAAAAAGGGCCAGCAGAUGAUUUGAUCGCAAGAUAUUCAUCAUUCAGUAGACUAAUUAGAAUAACAGCUUUAUGCUUACGAUUUGUGCAUAAUUGUAAAAUGGAACCAACAUUAAGGAAAACCGAGUGUUUAAGUGCGUCUGAAUUAGAACGAGCCACGGAAAUUUUAAAAGAAAUAUUGAGAGUCGGAGGAAGAUUGAAACAUUCUAGACUUCCUGAAUUUCAAAAACACCAAAUACUUUUGCCUAAGAAUCAUCACCUGACUGAACUCAUCAUUGAUUAUUUUUACAAAAAAUCUUUGCAUUCUGGAGUACAAACUACCCUGAAUUUGAUAAGGCAAUUGUAUUGGAUUACAUCUGGUCAAAACCAAGUUAGAAGAAUAUUAAAUAAGUGCAUUACUUGCUUCAGAUCGAAAAACCAAACCAUCAACCAAAUGAUGGGAGAUUUGCCAAGAGACAGAAUUGUACCAUCGAGACCUUUUGAAAGGGUCGGACUGGAUUAUGCAGGUCCCAUAAUUACGAAACCAAAUUUGAAAAGAUCAGAAGUUACUUUAAAAUCCUACAUCGCUAUCUUCAUCUGUUUCUGCACAAAGGCCACGCACUUCGAAGUUGUGUCCGAUUUGACGACCGAGGCUUUUAUGGCUUGUCUUAGAAGAUUUAUUUCAAGAAGAUCCAAGCCAUCCAUCAUCUGGAGUGACAACGCCACAAAUUUUAAGGGUGCAAAAAAUAUCCUUAAUGAGUGGGAAAGAAUUUGUAAAUCCACUACUGUUCAACGAUUUAGUGCAGAAGAGAGUAUUCAGUGGAAUUUUAUUCCACCAGCUUCUCCAAAUUUUGGCGGAUUAUGGGAGGCAAACAUAAAAGCAAUGAAACGCAUUUUGUUAAAAGUGACAAAAUCAGCUAUUUUGAACUUUGAAGAGUUAACCACAUUAGUGACUCAAAUUGAAGCAGUUUUGAAUUCCCGUCCCUUAUCACCCCUCUCUUCCGGUCCCAAUGACACUAAUCCUUUAACGUGGAAACUUGUUCAGAAUCUUCGGAAUAAGUUCUGGUCGAGAUGGAGCUCUGAGUAUCUACAACACCUUCAAACUCGUGCGAAGUGGAAAGUUCAGAAUCCAAACUUGAAAGUGAAUCAACUCGUCCUUUUAAAGGAUCCCAACACUAAGCCUAUGUACUGGUCUUUAGGGCGCAUCGUGAACGUUCUGCCUGGAAAAGAUGGACUAGUUAGAGUUGUUGACUUCAAGACCUCGACAGGUGUUCUACGACGAGCCAUCAACAAAGUGGCACCAUUGCCGAUUCCAGAUAGCCCCGUAGACCCAGGAACAUUUUGA